AUUGGCUUAGGGCUGCCUGACGUCAGGGGGCGGGGUCCUGGCCGUGAAUUGGGGCGGCAUGGUGCCGUCCGGCCUUUUCCGCUCCGGGAUGCGGCGGAGUUGGGCUUUGAGGCAGCGCGUCUCGGAGGCUCGGUUCCCCGGGAGGCGGUGGCUGGUGGCUGGCUUGGGGAACCAUGGAAUGCCUGGCACACGGCACAGCGUGGGUAUGGCGGUGCUGGGGCAAAUAGCGCGGCGCCUGGGAGUGGCGGAGAGCUGGGCUCGGGACUCGCGCUGCGCUGCUGACCUUGCCCUGGCCCCGUUCGGGGAUGCCCAGUUGGUCUUGCUCCGGCCACGGCGCCUCAUGAACGUCAAUGGGCGCAGCGUGGCCCAAGCCGCGGAGCUGUUUGGGCUGGCUGCGGAGGAGAUCUAUCUGGUGCACGAUGAACUUGAUAAGCCCCUGGGGAAGCUGGCUCUGAAGCUGGGGGGCAGCGCAAGAGGCCACAAUGGAGUCCGGUCCUGCAUUAGCUGUCUGAACUCCAGUGCAAUGCCAAGGCUGCGGGUAGGCAUUGGGCGCCCCACACACCCUAGUAUGAUCGAGGCCCAUGUCCUGGGCCGCUUCUCCCCUGAGGAACAGGAGCUACUGUCCCCGUUGCUGGAUCAGGCCGCCGACCUGCUUCUGGACCACAUCCGUGCUCGAAGCCAGGAGCCACCAGUGGGCCUCUGACACCAGUGGACACAUCUACCUGUUUGACUGCCUGCCGGUACCCUGAAGCCCAGACACAGCCACAGAACUGCCAUGACACGUGGUACCCACUGCUUUAUAACUUCUGGGUUGCCCCAAGCCACUUGCAGGUUGAGGGAGGGACUGUAGCCACAACAGUCUAUGUCUGCACUGGCUUGUUCUCUCUGUGCGCUACUUACGGUGUAGGAAAGGUUUAGGAAGGCUGAACUUUCUGAAUCUUUUGAGAGCUCCAGAUGGGGAGAUCUGCAAGAUUAAAAGGUGCUUGCUUGAAA